AUGUCAAUAAAUAAUCACCCUUUUCAUAUAGUAGAAAAAAGACCCUGACCUUUAACUUCUUCAUUAGGAAUAAUCAUUAUAACUAGAGGAUUUAUUAAAUGAUUCCAUUAUAAAAUCUUAUUAAUAUUUUUACUAGGAAUUUUAAUUAUAAUUUUAUCAUCAUACCAAUGAUGACGUGAUGUAACACGUGAAUCAACAUUUCAAGGACUCCAUUCAAAAGAAGUAUAUUUAAAUAUAAACUGAGGAAUAAUUUUAUUUAUCACAUCUGAAGUAUUUUUCUUUUUAUCAUUUUUUUGAGCAUACUUCCAUGCAUCUCUUUCUCCAAAUAUUGAAAUUGGAAGAAUAUGACCACCAACUGGAAUUAUCCCAUUUAACCCAUAUCAUAUUCCUUUAUUAAACACUAUUAUUUUAAUUUCAUCUGGAGCGAGAAUUACAUGAUCUCACCAUAGAUUAAUUAAUAAAAAUUUUAAACAAAGAAUAAUUAGAUUAACUACAACAAUUACUCUAGGAAUCUAUUUUAGAAUCUUACAAAAAUAUGAAUAUAACGAUGCAUAUUUUACUAUUGCAGACUCCAUUUAUGGAUCAACAUUUUACAUAGCAACAGGAUUUCAUGGAAUACAUGUCUUAAUCGGAACUAUAUUUUUAAUAGUAUGUUUAAUUCGACUUAAAAAUAAUCAUUUUUCUAGAAAUCAUCAUUUUGGUUUUGAAGCUGCUUCUUGAUAUUGACACUUUGUUGAUAUUGUAUGACUAUUCCUAUAUAUUUCAAUUUAUUGGUGAAGAUUUAAUUAAUUUAAAUUAUAAUUAAUAUUAUUUAUAUAAUAUAAAAGUAUAUUUAACUUCCAAUUAAAAAGUCUGAAAUUAUUCAGUAUAAAUAAUUUUUAUAAUCAUAAAUUUAUUUAUUAUUUGUAGGUUAAUAACAAUUAUUAUAAUUAUAAUAAAUAUUAUUAUUUCAAAAAAAAAAUAUUCUGAUCGAGAAAAAUCAUCUCCAUUUGAAUGUGGAUUUGACCCUCUUUCAUCACCACGAACACCAUUUUCCUUA